AUGUUUGGACUUUUCAAUCUAUCUUGCUCAGUGGGAGGCUUUCUGACGGACGACACGCAAGGCGCCAACUUGUACAUAGACUGGAUUCUCCUUGCGGCGAAGACAAGCACGCAAAGUCACUUGGACCCUCUCCUAAGGGAAAAUUUCCAGCCCAUUAACGGCAAUCACAGAGACAUAUCGGUCCGUUUUGUUCGCAGCAAACUCAAAGGACUUGGAGAGUUUCGUCGCAAAGGCGACUGCAAUGUGACGCGCUCCCUCGAGUCAAACACUCGCGAGAUUGUUUGCCAACUUUCAACCGAUUUGCGGUUCAAUAGUGUCAUGAAUGUGACCUAUCAGGGUGUGACAAAACCGGAGGUCGCAGCGACAGCCUUAUUCUAUGGUGUCAAUGGUCCCGUCACCAUGUUGUUGAAAGGCUGGAAGACGUUAAGUGUGAAGUUUUCUCCGCGAUAUGACGGCGCACAGAUCAGCCUUGGGGAAUCAAAAGACUGUGGCAAAAACGCGGCGGUCUGCCAUGACUUUUACACACAGCUUAUCCAUUUGUUCGAGUACGCCACGCAAAAAGUCUUCGUUAAAGCCAUUCUCAAUGGAGCCAGACGUGUACCGUCUCAUAACCAUUAA